GAUGACCAGAGACUGCAGACAUAGUACAGGAGAUGACCAGAGACUGCAGACAUAGUACAGAGGAUGACCAGAGACUGCAGACACAGUACAGGAGAUGACCAGAGACUGCAGACACAGUACAGGAGAUGACCAGAGACUGCGGACAGUACAGGAGAUGACCAGAGACUGCGGACACAGUACAGGAGAUGACCAGAGACUGCGGACAAUACAGGAGAUGACCAGAGACUGCAGACAUACUACAGGAGAUGACCAGAGACUGCAGACAUAGUACAGGAGAUGACCAGAGACUGCAGACAGUACAGGAGAUGACCAGAGACUGCAGACA